CCAGAGGCACUAGGCCCUCCCCACACCAACUAUAAAAGCCUAUACUCUUUGUCCCUCCACAGCCACUACUCACUCUCAUCCGCAAAUAACCUUUGUUCCAGUCCGAGACUCACUGAUCGCAUUACAAACCACAAUGACUGAUCUGGAGAGUUCACUGGCCACCAUCAUGGAGGUGUUCCAUAAGUAUGCAGAGAAAGAAGGGGACAAGCACAAAGUGAAGAAAUGUGAACUGAAAGACUUGAUCAAUGAGGAGCUACCAGCCCUUACAGGGCAAGUGAAGGACCAGGCCACUAUGGACAGUUUGAUGGAGAGCCUGGACACGGAUGGAGACUCGGAAUUGGACUUCCAAGAGUUCAUGACAUUUAUCACCAUGGUAACUGUCUGUUGCCAUGAUUUCUGCGAGCACCAUGAGGACGAGUAGCUAGGCACCAGUUAAACAAGAGAGAGAGAGAGGAAAAGAGAAAGAGAGAAAGCGAGUAAAUUAUGAAGUAGGAACUUUAGUUUGAUAAAAAAAACUUAAAUGUCAAUGAAAACGUUGUAUUUUUCCUGUUGGUCCCAUUUAGUUUCAAUAGGUUUCUUAUAACCUGUUUGCCUACAAAGGGUUAAGGCACUUUGUUUCAUUGCCUGUGUCUUGUCAGAGUUGACAAAACCAAAUUGGUUUAGUACUGAAACUUCAUAGAAUAGCUUUUGCCAACAAAGCAUAGAGCACUUUCCUUGUUAUACUGUAAAGCUAAGACCCAAGGUAAUAGACUCAUGCAUUUCUGCGGCUCUAAAUUGGUUAAAUUGUUAUCACUAACAAUGCAUGUAUAAUCAGCUACAUUGGACAUGGUUUGGCAAGUAAAACAAGUACUCUCCAGUUUGAUUUUGAACCCAAAAAAUGUUGACGAAUUCCAGCCAAUAUCUUGAACUGAAUUCUGUUUUUAUGAAAGUUGUUUUCAAAUUGAACUGUGCUUUGUGAGAUGCUAUUAAAAGUAUAACAUAGAGAAUCAAUAAAGAUGAUCCGAUGAAUACAAGGACAUACUUUUCACCAGUUAAACCAUGUCAUUUUUCACUUCAGAUUCAUACCAUUCAUAUUUCUGUCUCCUGUAGAAAAGUUGUGAUGUGUGCCCCUGAGUGGCAGUGUUGCUCCAUGACAAAAGCAUUGGCACCUACUGGAUGUAGCGACUAUGUCAAAUAUAUUGAAUCAGUGACACGGAGAAUGUAUAAAUCUCCCUGAUGCAUCCUCAGUAAACAUCUCCAUACUAUCAUGACUACAUGCCAUACGUGCAUACCUCUUGAUGUCUGUUACCAAUUCUGUGUUUCAACUGUGCUGGGAAUGAAGAGACAGUGAAAUCAAUAAACGGAGUGGUCCACUGA